ACCCCAAUCUCCACUUCCUCGUCCUUGCUGACUCUGUUUUGUGACCCCAGACGGCACAUCCCCCAGGCAAUUCCCAACGCCCGUGGUACCAGCAGCCCUGGAGUGGCCAUGGAAAUCCCUAUUCGAGCCAGACCGCCAGCAAGAGGCAACGCCUCCCCGGUCUGCGAGGCGGGCCCUCCGAGGUUUGGGGGAGUGGAGAGUCGACAAACACUAUAUUAACUGCACCUCCCCCAGCUCCAUCGCUGAGAUCUUCGCCGUGCUGACCCUCCAGCACUCGUCAUCCAACAACACCUCUCCUUGACCAGAGCCCCGAGGUUCUCGUCGUCCUCCCUCACCAUGGCCGCCACAACCCAGGUCCAGGAUGUCGAGAAGCAUCCUGCCGACCUCAUGCAAGAGGACAUCGGCACUCCCUCAAAGGACUCCGUCGGCGGAGCCUUCGAGACCGAAUUCACCCCCGAAGAGCAGCGGAAGAUCAUCCACCGCAUCGACCGUCGUCUCGUCGUCACCGUCGGCGUGCUGUACUGCAUCAGCUUGAUGGACCGCACCAACCUGUCCGCUGCCGCCAUUGCUGGAAUGACCAAGGAAUUGGCCCUGAGCAAGCCCGUGGGGACCGUUUCAAGAUACUCCGUCGUCACAUUGGUCUUCUUCACCACCUAUGUCGUCUUCCAGCCGCCUGCCACCGCCGUCGUCCGGAAACUCGGUCCCCGCAAUUUCCUCUCUGCCAUUGUCGUCAUGUGGGGCGCCGUUAUGCUUGGCAUGGGUUUCGUCAAGAAUUUCGAGGCUCUCGCUGCCCUCCGUGUCGUGCUGGGUAUCUUCGAGGCCGGCUUCUUCCCCAGCUGCGUCUAUCUCCUCUCCACCUGGUACACGCGCUACGAUGUCGGCAAGCGCUACUCCGUCUUCUACGUCCUGGGCAGUCUGGCUUCCGCAUGCGCUGGUAUCCUCGCUUACGGUCUGAUGCAACUGCACGGAAGACAAGGCCUUACCGGCUGGAGAUGGAUCUUCAUCAUUGAAGGCGCACUGACCAUAUUCCUGGGUAUCGUCAGUUACUGGAUGCUGGUCGACUUCCCCGACAAGGCUCACAAGUCCUGGAGGUUCCUGAACGAGCGCGAGGCCCAGUACAUUAUCGACCGUGUCAAUCACGAUCGCGGCGACGCGAAGCCUCAACCCUGGAACCUCGGCAAGUUCCUCCGCGCCGGUCUGGAUAUCAAGAUCUGGGGCUAUGCCAUGUUGUUCUUCAACACCACCACCGUCACCUACGCCCUGGCUUACUUCCUGCCCAUCAUUCUGACGCAAAACAUGAAGUUCAGCGUCGGUGCUUCGCAGUGCUUGGUUGCGCCGCCCUAUGCCCUUGCCGCCAUCGUCAUGUUCAGCACCGGCUAUGUGGGCGACAAGUACAAGAUUCGUGGCCCCAUUAUCAUCUUCAACAUGAUCCUCUGCUUGAUCGGCCUUCCCAUCAUGGGCUGGCAUUCGUCUCCCGGUGUCCGGUACUUUGGUGUCUUCCUCGUCACCGCCGGAGCCAACAGCAACGUGCCCGGCGUCAUGUCGUACCAGGCCAACAACAUCCGCGGCCAGUGGAAGCGCGCCUUCUGCAGUGCUACCCUUGUCGGAUUCGGAGGUAUUGGCGGCAUCGCCGGUGGUCUCAUCUUCAGGACUCAGGACGCCCCCGGCUACCGCCCGGGCCUGUACGCUUGCAUUGCCUGCUGUCUCCUGAACAUUGUCAUCAUUCUGUGCAACACUGUGUUGUUCAGGCACCAGAACCGGAGGGCGGACCGCGGCGAGGUUGAGCUCGAGGACAGCGAUGUAAGUCAUUCUCCUUCCAAUCGCGGCUUGCGACGACGGCAUGCUAACAAAGUUGUGCAGGAGGAUUACCAGAAGGGCUUCAGGUACACCUAUUAGGUUCCAUGUCUUCAUUUACAUGCAUGCUAGGACGUGGGUGGCUCCGAGGACAUGGUGCUCGCACCUCGGUUAUGGAGCUUCG